UAUUUAUCUCGAUAUGGUUCUGCAGCGGACGGUGCAAAUAUUUUGGGAGUAUUUCUUACUCAUACUCCCUCACACCUGAUCGUACACAUGUCUGUGGCUAAGGUUUUAGCUGAAGAAGGUCACAAUGUAACGGUAGUAGUGACACAAGAACCUAAAGUCAACCAUAAGAAUAUACAUAAAAUCUUAAUACCGCCUGCUGAGAAACACAUAGAGUUCUUAAAUAAGGAAUUCUCUGCACUUUUCAAAAAGAAGCCAAGUCUGUUGCGUACUUUAGCCAACGUUCUCGGCUCAUUAAGUAUGAUUAUUGAUAUGCAAAAGGAUGUCUUAGAAGAUAAACGCUUUGCCCAACUCUACGAUAACCCGGAUACAAAAUUCGAUUUAGUUAUUGUUGGAUAUUUUUUUAACAGCUUUCAGCUUGGAGUGGCUGCAAAAUUUAAAGUUCCAGUAAUAUUAAGCUGGAUGUCCGACCCGGGGAACCUUGUGAAUGAAUACGUUGGGAAUCCUAAUGAAAUCGCCUAUGUACCCAAUUCAAAUAUGGCGGUAGAGCUAGGCAGGAGAAUGAAUUUACUAGAAAGAGCUCAAAAUCUCGUAACGUCCAUCUUUUUCAAGAUAUUUAAGCUACUUUUAGAUUAUCGCAAUCAAGGUUUCUACAACGAAUUAUUUCCAAGUGGUGACGGCAUCUUUCCAACCUAUCAAGAGAUGAAACAAAAUGUUUCUUUAGUUUUUUGUAAUAGUCACUUUACUGAAGGCCACAUCAGACCUAACGUUCCAGCCAUAGUGGAAAUCGGUGGCAUUCAAGUCAAAGAGAAGCCAAAUCCCCUUCCCGAAGACAUUUCAUUAUUUCUGAAUGAGAACAAAAUUGAUGGCGCUAUACUAUUCUGCUUAGGCUCGAAUUUGAAGAGUGAAUUUAUCAAACCGGAAGUAACCAAAACCAUAUUUCAAGUACUUUCAAGUCUAAAGCAAAAUGUUAUCUGGAAAUGGGAUGAUCUGGCAAACACGCCGGGUAUUUCUAAAAAUAUCAUGUAUAGGAAAUGGAUACCACAGGAUGAUAUCUUAGCGCAUCCCAAUCUGAGAUUGUUUAUCACACAUGCCGGCAGAGGUGGCGUUGCUGAAGCGCAAUAUCAUGGCGUUCCAAUGGUAGCUUUACCCGCUUUAGCAGAUCAACAGGGCAACGCGGCCAAACUUAUGAGCAGUGGUCAUGGAAUACAGCUGGAUCUUUUAAAUUUAACCGAUGAGCAACUAAGGAAGGCUGUCAAUGAGGUGCUGACAAAUCCGUUUUAUAAAGAAAAAAUACGAAAUUUUUCACGUUUGUACCGUGAUCGACCUUUAACGGCUCGUCAAUCUGUUGCUUUCUGGACGAACUAUGUGUUACGCAACCAUGGCGCUGCCCAUAUGCAAAGUCCUCUAGUUCAUAUGAAUUUUAUACAAAGUUUAAACAUUGAUGUUAUAGGCUCCUUACUGAUCUUAACCUACUUAGUUUAUAAAGUCCUCAAACUGAUGAGUUGUUAUAUAUUUUCUAAGAUUUCAAAACAAUUCUCAAAACCCCAGCCAGGCUCAACAAAAUGUAUCGCGAUCAUCCGCAAAAGCAUCAUCAUGCUACGCGCAGGAAUAUUAAUAUCAAUUGUUCUAUCCGCUGCGCAUUUAUCUCGUCAUGGUUCUAUAGUGUACGGUGCAAAUAUUUUGGGAGUAUUUCUUACUCAUAGUCCCUCACACCUGAUCGUGCACAUGUCUGUGGCUAAGGUUUUAGCUGAAGAAGGUCACAAUGUAACGGUAAUCGUGACACAAGAACCCAAAGUCAAUCAUCAUAAAAUACAUACAAUUUUAAUACCACCUGCUGAGGAACACAUCGAAUUCCUACACAAGGAAUUCUCCGAUCUGACGAAGCAGAAGCCAACUUUGUUGCGUACUUUAACAAACCUAAUUGGUUCAUUACGUUUAAUAAUUGAUAUGCAAAGAGAUGCUUUGGAAGACGAACGCUUUACUCAACUCUACGAUAACCCGGACACGAGAUACAAUUUAGUUAUUGUUGGAUAUUUUUUUAAUAGCUUUCAACUUGGAGUGGCUGCAAAAUUUAAUGCUCCCCUUAUCUUGAGCUGGGUAAUCGCUCCAGUGCAAUUUGUUGGUGAUUACGUGGGAAAUCCUAAUGAAAUCGCUUAUGUACCCAAUAUGAAUUUAGCUCUCGAACCUGGCGAGAAGAUGAACUUUUUAAAACGGUUACAAAAUUUCUUAACGUCUGCAAUGAUUGGUGUUUUCAAAGGCAUUAUAGAUUAUCGCAAUCAACGCUUUUACAACGAAUUAUUUACAAAUGACGCAGGUAUCCGAAGCUAUCAUGAUAUGAAACAAAAUGUUUCGUUAGUGUUUUGUAACAGCCACUUUACUGAAGGUUCAAUUAGGCCCAACGUUCCAGCCGUAAUAGAAAUCGGAGGUAUUCAGAUCAAGGAAAAGCCAGAUCUACUUCCUGAAGAUAUUUCGUCGUUUUUGAGUAAAAGCAAAGCCCAUGGAGCAGUUCUGUUUUGCUUAGGUUCAAGUUUCAAAACGGAAUACAUGAAGCCAGAAAUAACCGAAACAAUAUUCCGAGUGCUUUCAAAUCUAAAGCAAAAUGUUAUCUGGAAAUGGGAUGAUCUGACCAAUACACCGGGCAUAGCUAAAAAUAUCAUGUACAAGCAGUGGAUACCGCAGGACGAUAUCUUAGCGCAUCCCAAUCUGAAGUUAUUUAUUACACAUGCUGGCAAAGGCGGCGUUGCUGAAGCUCAGUACCAUGGUGUUCCAAUGGUAGCUUUGCCCGCUUUUGCAGAUCAACCUGGGAAUGCAGCAAAAAUGGUGGCUAGCGGCUACGGACUUCGAUUAGAUCUUUUAACCUUAACUGCCGAUCAACUAAGAAUGGCCAUCGACGAAAUUUUAACCAAUCCCUCUUAUAGAGAAAAUGUGCGACGAUUUUCGCGUUUAUAUCGCGAUAGGCCUUUAACAGCUCGGCAAUCUGUUGCCUUCUGGACAAAUUAUGUAAUACGUAAUCAUGGUGCUGCUCACAUGCAGAGUCCGUUAGUUCAUAUGAAUUUUAUGCAAAGUUUAAACAUUGAUGUUAUUGUCUUCUUACUGAUCGUAUCUUAUUUAAUUUAUAAAGUCCUCCAACUGACGACUUGUUAUAUAUUUUCCAAAAUUUCAAAAAAUAUUUCGAUAUCCAACUCAAAUUCAGCAAGAAAAAAAAAAAACUUUAAAAGAGAAUAAACAGAAAAGCAAAACCUCAUUAAUUACCGCGUUUCGGGUCUUGCUAAUCGUAUUGUCGAUCGCCGAGAUAUUUGAAGAGAGUCGAGACAAGGUUCUCUUCACAACGGCGACACUAAGUAAGUAACACGACAUGAACAGCUUUUUAGGAAAUUUCACAAACCACACGCUCUAUAAGAACGAUAUCGAUAUCAACCCAACAAGGCAAAACUUUCGAUUACUUUUGACUCUCAAUCUAAGUGGACAUCUGAAAUUAACUUUGUUUAGAACGACAUUUUCAAAGUGUGAAGAAAUUGCUUACUCUUAAACAAGUAACAAUUUGUGGAAUCAAGGCUUGGUAUACGCAUAAGAAUUCAUUCGAAACAGGACAAAUAGAAGAAAGAUAGAACGUUAUCCGGUAAUGGAAAGCAAAGAAAUCGUUAUAGAUUCGUCGUAACAGUUCUCACAGCAUAAAUAAAGUUCGAAAUGUCUGUGUAGCCAUAAUUAAAUAAUUUUUAUUUAUAU